AUGUCUGCCUUCAACGUUGACUCCGCCAGAGUCUUACUGCGAGAUGUCGUUGCGCCGCAGCAUCCCUUAGCGACGGAGGCAUUAAUUCUCCCAAAGGGACACCAAAAACGCCCGGGGUGUCGCCCUCUUCCAAGCAAUAUUGUGCUUGAAAGAGAUCAAGCCCUCACUCUCCGGGAUGGGACCAAGAUCUUCGCUGACAUCUACCGCCCCGAGACUGACCAGAACACCCAAGUCCCUGCCAUUGUCAUGUGGUCGCCUUAUGGUAAGAGUAGUACGGGGCUGAUCGUGCUAAGCACAAUAUUGCCUUUUCAAGCUGGUAUACCGGACAGCCAGCUUUCAGGUUACGAAAGCUUUGAAGGUCUUGAUCCAGCAGAAUGGGUACCAAGGGGCUACGCCAUUGUCAACAUCGAUGCUCGAGGUUCGAACCACUCCGAAGGCAACAUGAGGUGGUUUGGAUCCGCAGAGGGCCGAGACGGACACGAUGCCAUUGAAGAAAUAGCAAAGCUGGAUUGGUGCAAUGGGAAAGUCGGGAUGGCUGGCAACUCGUGGCUUGCCGCGGCACAAUAUUACGUUGCGGUGGAAAAGCCGGCUCAUCUCGCAUGCAUUGCACCGCUGGAAGGAUUCAGCGACCCUGUGAGAGAAAUGACACUGCGAGGGGGUAUCCCUCACACGUCCUUCUCCAAGACCAUCGCCAACACGCUCACAGGUACGUGCUCAGUAAGAGCUACGUUUGAACGGUGUAUUAACUUUAUAGGGACGUCAAAACAAGAGGAUCUAAUUGCAAUGGUCCAGGACUUCAACAACUUCAAAGACUACUUCGAGGACAAGCGGGUCGACUUUAGCAAGAUAGAUGUACCUGCGUACAUUGGCGCUAGCUAUUCAACGGACAUCCACACCAUUGGAUCCUUGCGGGCGUUUGAGGAGAUUCCACAUGACAAGAAAUGGAUCGUCCUGCAUGCUUCCCAGGAAUGGUACGACCUUUAUUCGGUUGAUCGCACGAGAGACUUGUCGCGGUUCUUCGACUACUACUUGAAAGGGAUUGCGAACCACUGGUUGGAAACAAAACCUGCCCGCGUCGCACUCUUACGCUACCCCCAGCCAGCUCUACUUGACCAGGAGUUUGAGGACCUCCCCUGGCAUCUUCCGUCUGCCUCUAAGCAGCAACUUUUUCUAGAUUCGCAAGGCGGUCUCUCUGUAUCCAAUCCUGCCGAGAGCAGCACGCAGAGUUACCGAGCGGAAUCGUCCGAGGCCCUAACAUUCAGCUACAGGUUCUCAUCGAGAACUGUCAUUAUAGGCCCGUCCACAUUGAGUAUCCAUAUUGCUUCGCCUGCCCAUGAUGAUAUGGAUAUUUACGCCCAUAUCUUCAAGGCUGAUGCGAAAGGGAACACCCUGACACAUAUGAAUAUCCCGAUCUCCCCCGAAGAGGCAGCCAGUACACUGACUGAAAACAAGCUGUUCCGGUAUCGUGGGCCGACAGGCUGCCUCAGAGCAUCUCGCCGGCACGUCUCCCCUCAACAGUCGGGUAAGACAUGGCACACGCUAUCUUUCUCCCGAGUAGAGCCUGUCAAGCCGGGAGAUAUUGUCAAGUUGGACAUCCAGAUGUGGCCCACCGGAAUUGUCUUUGGAGAAGGAGAACGGUUAAUCCUCAAAGUCAGCGGGAAGUACAUUGGGCUUCCAUCGAAUCCAGGUCUAGAGCUUGAGGCUAUCAAUAACAGAGGUCAACAUGUUGUAUAUACCGGCGGAGAGUUUGCAAGUUCCCUGCAAUUCUAUACUCUAUAA